AUGCCAGGAUACAAGCUCAUUCUCAAGGGUCUGGUUGCCUUAUGCUUCCUCCUCGAAGCAUCUGCGAACAACUCUGACUUGGACGACCCUCGAUUUAUAGGUUACUUCUUUGACGCUGGUAAAACGACCAUUGAGAGAAUGUCGGCCCCAAGUUCAUUGUACACGAAAUUCACGACGUCCGGAAAGUUUGCUGGCCCGUGUCCAAACUACGGAUCCAAGUGUGAGGUCAACACCAUGUGUGAAGAUAAUACGCUUUCAGGGCCCGAUAUCACCAAUGUUCCAUGCACCAGUCUGUCCUCCUGCCAGACAAUGACAAUUCUACAAACGUCUCCAGCUGGCGGUCCUAUGGCCAAGUAUAUCUUUUGCGGACUUGUUUGGUCAGCGCAUACCGUAUAUCGCGAACCAAUUACAUCGUCGACAACGAGCACAUCCUCGCUCAAAGAUUCGACCGUUACCUCGACCGAAAUGCUGUCAGCAACCGCAUCAGCAGUACUAAUGACCUCCACGAGCGACCUCCCCCCCAAAGGUACAUCAGAAGCAGGCUCCAGCUCUAGUUCGGCGGUUAGCAGCCAGGCAUGGAUCGCUGGUCCAGUCCUUGGCGGCGUGAUUGUCCUCGGUCUUCUUGUAGCCGGUGGGUUCUGGUGGGGGAACAGAUACCGUCGACACGAGGAGCCGAUGAAUUUACAGUCCAGUUCGGACAAUACGCCCCUAAAUAAACCCAUCUUUCCCACUGGAUCGGCUUAUUUUCCAGGUAGGAUACCGAUGAACCACCAGAAUAAUUAUCGGGAGACUAGCAUGCCGUCCUCCACGUUGAUGGAGUUGGGCUCUGACGCAGAAACAUACCAACACUCUCGGUCGUAUCCUGAACUUCCCGCGAGCCCUCAGCAAAUUCAUAGUGUUGAGAACCGCGCUUGA